GUUCUCAGUAUGAGUGGAGAUGGCUGGAGGAAGAAGGCCAGUGAAGAUGAUGGUUGGGGAGGAAGGGGAGGGUACAUGGCUGCUAAGGUCUCCAAGCUGGAGCAGCAAUUUCAGAAGGAAGCUCCACGAGAGAGGGAGAAGCACGGAACUUUCUCCAGCAUCUUCCACGGAGUGGCCAUCUAUGUGAACGGAUACACAGAACCCAGUGCAGAUGAACUGCGCAGACUGAUGAUGUUACACGGCGGACAGUUCCACCUGUAUUACUCUCGCUCCAUGACAACACACGUCAUCGCCACCAACCUGCCCAACUGCAAAAUCCAGGAGCUUAAAGACGAGAAAGUAGUUCGACCGGAGUGGAUCACUGACAGCAUCAAGGCCGGACGGCAGCUCUCGUACUUGGAGUAUCAGCUUUACACGAAACAGAAGAGCCUGAACUUCACCGCCACACGAACUGCCAGAGGCCCAGUGGUAGCCACACGCCACCCCGAGGUGGCCCCGCCUCCUCUGGCCAGCACCCAACCCCUGUCUCACCCGGCUGUCUUCAUUUCUAGGGGAAGUUCUUCCAUCCACACCGAGAAAGGCCACGGCACGCAGAACGCCAGAGUCAGGAACGGCUGCUGCGUGGGUUCCUCCGAGCACGAAGGCCACAGCAUCAACGGCGUCCGUGAAGGGGACGCUGGUGACGACUCGCCAAUCCUUACCCCGAGAGGAUCGAAGGACUUCCUGCAGACCAACGGUCAUGCUCGUCCUCCGAACGGCGCCUUGACGCCUCCGGACCGCGUCCCGUGCUCGGAACGUGGGCUCCGAAGGGUGGAGUCCAGAUGUCCCCAGUCGGAAGCCGGGGAGACGGAGGUGUCUUGCAGCCCUCCCGCACGCCCGGCCAGGGUCCCCGAGCCGCCCAGCCCUCGAGCUGUCACUCUCCACGAAGAAAACCCCUCCCUCCCUCUCAAGACCCCUUCAGCAAACACAACAGCCAAACCGGAAGGUGUGGCCAGUGCAGAGGAGCCCCUGGCGCCGAUCAGCCGCCUGAGGCUAAACGGGAGUCACCGCAGCACAUGUAGCUCCACUGUAAAAGAGUCCGGCAAGCCAGCGGGCCGGAUGUCGGCCCAGGGCCCCGAGGCUGGCGCGAUUUCGGAGUUCUUCUCUCGCUCACGGCUCCAUCAUAUCGCCACCUGGAGGAACGAGUUCUCGGAGUAUGUGAGCACGCUGCAGAGCCAUCAGCGGGCAGCGGGGGGCGGUGUGUUUUCCGGGAAAGAGAGGCUGAAGAAGAUGAGAGCCAAUCACUGUGCAGGUCCCUCGUCUUUAUGUCCUCCUCACACACGCAAGCCCUGCAUUUUGCACGUGGACAUGGACUGCUUCUUCGUUUCAGUAGGGAUUAGACAUCGACCUGAACUGAAAGGGAAGCCAGUCGCCGUGACGAGCAGCCGUGGCCGUGGGCUUGUUGCUCAGCGACCCGGCACCGACCCCCAGCUGGAGUUCCAGUACUACCAGAUGAAACAGAACCAGCACAGAGCAGCGAGGGGCGGUGAGGACCUCGAGACAAGUCUUUCUCCAGAGACAGAGGAGGACAACUGGUUACCGCAGGACCAGGUCACGGUCUCCAUGGCUGAGAUUGCCUCCUGCAGCUACGAAGCCAGGCAGGCCGGGGUGAGGAACGGCAUGUUCUUCGGCCGGGCGAAGCAACUGUGCCCUGAGCUGCAGCCGGUGCCUUACGACUUCCACGCCUACAAAGAGGUGGCGUUCUCCAUGUACCAGACGCUGGCCAGUUACACGUACCGCAUAGAGGCGCUGAGUUGUGACGAGGCGCUGCUAGAUGCUACUGCCCUCUUGGAGGAGCUCGGGGUCUCCCCCGACGACCUGGCCAGCGCCAUCCGUGCCGAAGUGAAAGAGAGGACCGGCUGUCCGGCGUCCGUUGGCAUGGGCUCCAACGUUCUACUGGCGAAGAUGGCCACCCGCAAGGCCAAACCCAACGGCCAGUAUUUCCUCAGACCAGAGGAAGUGGAUGACUUCAUCAGGGACCAGCCAGUCACCAGUCUGCCAGGUGUGGGGCGGUCUAUGAGCAGUAAGCUGGCCUCUCUGGGCGUGAGCACAUGCGGAGACUUGCAGCAGGUCGCCAUGCUGCGUCUGCAGAAGGAGUUCGGCCCGCGCACAGGACAGAUGCUCUUCCGCUUCUGCAGAGGUCUGGAUGAGCGGCCUGUGCGCAGCGAGAAGGACAGGAAGUCCGUGUCUGCUGAGAUGAACUACAACAUUCGCUUCGCGGAGGUUGAGGAGGCAGAGACCUUCCUGACUAACCUGUCCCUGGAGGUGGAGAAAAGACUGCAGGGGGCGGGGCUUAGAGGUCGCCGGGUUACGCUGAAAGUGAUGAUGCGAAAGCCCGGUGCCCCGGUGGAACCUGCGAAAUAUGGAGGGCAUGGCAUCUGUGACAGUCUCGCCAGGUCUGUGUUGUUGGCUCAGCCCACAGACAGCGGGCAGCUGAUAGCAGCAGAGGUCGUUAAGCUCUUCCGCACCAUGACGCUGGCCGUGGCCGACAUGAGGGGGGUGGGGCUCCAAGUGCAGCUGCUGGAGUCCGCGUCUGCGCGCGAGCCCGGCUCGCGCUCCAUCAGAGACCUGCUCGCGGCGCGACGCCCCACCCAUGGCAAGGAACAUCGUAGGGAAGAUGAACUUCCCAGGGUAUCGUCCCAUCGCGAGGGCAUUUCUUCUUCUGCAACUCCACUCUCUUCCUUUUCAAAUUCAAAGCCCGGGACGAGUAAAGGGCCGCCUCCUCCUCCCAGCCGCUCCCCAGGCCACGCCCCCAGCCACUCCUCCACACGCCUCAACUUCAGCAUAGAGGUCCCCUCACCCUCUCAGGUGGACCGCUCUGUGCUGGACGCUUUGCCUGCAGAGCUGAGGGAGCAGGUGAAGCUGUCAUGGGGCCACAGAGAGGAGAAACCGAGUACGUCGCGUCACCUGCCCCUCCCGACGUUCAGCAGCACCCCCCCAGUGGCUUCGAGUGGCCUCCUCCACCUCCCCGAGCAGCCUGGGCAAACCGCCAGCACAGGCAUUGUUCUGGAGCUUCCUGACUUCUCCCAGGUCGACCCAGAAGUGUUCGCGGCAUUGCCUAGAGAGCUGCAGGAGGAGCUCCGCUCUGCUUACAGGUGCAGGGAAACCGCUCAGGCUCAGCGCGCCACCGCCGAGCAGAGGAACCCGCUGCUCCUGCUCAGGCAGCCAGCGUCGGGAAGGACAUAUCGCCGCCACAAGAGGAGGAACGCUAGCCCUACCAAGAAAGGCGCCAGUCCCUUAAAAAGGAACAGCCCUGCGAAACCCAGCUCGUCUAAACCUAAUCCAUUGCCACUCAAAGGCACAGACAUGCCUCCUGGCUUCAAGAUUGAAAGCGGCCCGACGUCCUCGUCCUCCCUGAACCACCGAGCGGCGGAGGCGGAGGCGCUGGCCAAGUUCACCCCUCGUCCUGUGCCAGCCCUAGCAGGAGCGUGUGAGCUCGGUGACAUCCGAGCCCUUCUCCACGAGUGGGUCACCACCAUCUCAGAACCCAUGGAAGAAGACAUUCUGCAGGUGGUGAAGUAUUGCACAGAGCUAGUUGAAGAAAAAGACCUUGAGAAACUUGAUCUGGUGAUUAAAUACAUGAAGAGGUUGAUGCAGAGAUCAGUGGAGUCCGUGUGGAGCAUGGCCUUUGACUUUAUCCUGGACAACAUCCAGGUGGUGGUGCAUCAGGCCUACGGCAGCACCUUAAAAAUCACGUAGAAGCAUUUGUGCGGCGUAUUCCUGCCUCCGUCACUGUGACACCUGGACCCUGUCCUCUCACCACGAAAAGCGCACAGAGAAUUCAGGAGUGCUCGUUUUCAUUCUGUCUGCCUGUCGCACUGGAGCGUGACGCUUUCAUGGGCCGAGCCUUCCUCCAAGGACGCACAGGACGUCAGCAACUGUGAGGUCUAGUCAGUCAGUCCAAAUCCAUUCACUUACUUUUAAAAAAGGUACAAUUUCAACAUCAGAACCAGACCUUUUUUAUUAGGGCAUCUACAGCCAAAUAGCAGUCAGAUUUUUAAAAGUUCUGGGCAGCAUUUGAAACAAAAUUCCUCAGAAAUUAAAGUGUAAACAGAACAAUCAUAACGUCAACAUCCUGGUCAAGUGUAACCAUCUCAAAUAUUUAGUCCUUACAUCUGGAGCACAGCCCCCACGAUCAGAAGACCGGCCCGCUUCCUGUUUCCUCGCAUUUCUCUCCUGGCUCCUUAAUUUCUUUUCCCAGGAUAACUAAGGUUUUAAGCGGUUUGAGAGCCUGGAUUAAAUGUAGACAUUGUGUGGGUCAUUUUAAGAGCUGUCACACUGACAUCACACUGUAUGUUUCUCUGUACUAGGAGUGACACAUCAUCCCACAAUAUGGGGGAACAUGGUAGCAAAUAGGGAGUGAGUCAGAAUUUAUCAUCUAUGGGUCAAUUCUGAGGCUUUUAUGGUAAACUUGGAAGCCUAGUGUUUUAUAUACAACUCUCAAGUGCCACAUUUUGUAAGUACAGCAUGUAGAGUUAUCCUCUAUGUAGAUGGCAAUGUUUCUAAAGAUUUGUGUGUGCGUGCGCGUGCAAAAUGUUUACAAGAUUUUUUUUUUCUCCUAUGUGCUCUAUUUGUGAGGGAGAGCUUGUGAGAAAGAAUAUUAAUAUAAUUGUAAGCAAACUUUUUAGCCAAAGUACUCUUCAAAUUUGCAGACCAUUACCAUGUAUCUGUUCAAUAACCAUACUUGUCGACGAACCUGGAAUUAUGGUAGAUGCUACCAGACUCCAGACCAAUUAAGAAUCAAAACCGAUUUGGUUGUAUAAAAAGAAUGUAUUUUCACAAAAAAAUGAUGAGAAUUUGAUGGCUUUUAUUAAGAUACUCAUGAUACACCUGUUAUAUUCUUUUAUCCUGCUAUAACGAUGUAUAAGGGAAGGCCUGGAAAUAUAUUUGGUCAGCAAAGUCUGUCUGAAAUGAAUGACCUGUGCCUGAAGACCUGAAGCUGUGACACCCUUUAUAUGUUUUUUAAACUUGCUAAUAAACUGCUCUUGUUCAGAAUUUA